AUGUCAAACUUCAAGAAUCUUCCAAGCACCACAAUCGUGAUCAACACCACCCCUUAUCAGGCUUCUCAAGACUACCUUUUCUCUUCACCCGUUGUCAUUUUUCCUGAUGAAAUGAUCAACGAAGAGCCUACCAGCAUCGAGGAAGGGGGAUCAUGUUACAUUCCGUCCCCAAUGGAUCGUAGGAUAGAACGUUAUAAGAAGUUGAGAGCCAUACAUGAGCGUGCUGGUCGCCUGCCGAAAAGUCCUGUCUCUGAAAAUGAGUCGAGAAACAGUAGUCAUUCAUCGACUUCAAGCAACCCUUCGGAAAACUAA